CAUUGUUGUGACUGUGAUUAUAUUACGCAAACGUCUUCAGCUAAAAGCCAUCACAACAAAGGAAAUAUCGUACAAAGUAAAAACAUCAAUGAGAGCGCUGUUUGUGUUAUUGCCAAUAUUUGGCAUUACUUGGCUUUUUGGGAUUUUUGGAGUAUCUGAGAACGCUGUCGCUGCCAUGUAUGUUUUCGUGUCAUUGAACUCCUCACAAGGCUUGUUUAUAUUUAUCUUCCAAUGUGUUUUGAACUACGAGGUUCGAAAAGUUUUUUGUAAAAACCGUCAAAUUCAAUCAAAAGCACAAUGGUUGUCACCAAUCUCCCACAGGCCACCGUUGCAAGUAGCACCAAGCAGGAACAGCGAUUGUUCCAACAAAGAUUUGAGCAGAAUCUCCAGUGCACAAUCCGUGAAGGAGAAUGGUGAGAUUUUAGAAGACGUUCAAGAAGACGAGGGGAAAUUCUAUGGGAUGGGCAGGCUAGCAGUUACACCAAAUACUUUCACAUCUUCUUCUAUAAUCAAAGGAGCCUAACUUUUCUGAAGCUGCGUUGAGCUUUCGGAACAUUAAUAAAGUUUUAACGAUUAAUCUAUCUUGAAGAAUAACUUUGACAAUUGCGCCAUUAUAGAAAUAGCUUCUCAUAUGAUAUGGAUUGUACAGUUCACAUUUCUGAAGAGGAAACUCAGUAUUUAUUAUUGUAAAAGAACAUGCAAGAAAGGACGAAGUGUGUGCUUUCUUUGUUUGUGGUUCUUUAAGAUAGAUUGUAAGAAAAGAUCAAUUCUCUACAUAAAGUGAUAAUAAAUAAGAAAGUAUCGUUUUAGUCAAUAUAUUCAAACGCAAAAAA